UCCCUCUAGCGGGCCCCUUUCCCUCGCUCGCCCCGCCCAGGACUACUUUUGGCUGUCUGCGCUCUGGUCCUCUCUGUGUUAUUUUCAGUUAGGGGGGACUGGGAGAACUGGAAGGGUGUGGGAGUGUGUGAGUGAACGAGAGCACCAGCGCCAGACAGAGUCAGCUUCAGCUGCUACUCCGGGAGAGGCGAUGAUGGCGGCGGCUGUGGAACGAGGAGGGGUUCGGGCCGCCUUCUUGAACCCUGGCAGCGGCGGUGGCGUCUUACCGGGGCUGGCAGUUACAUCAACGGGACCCGGAGCAGGAGUCGGAGUUGUAGUGGGAGGUUCUGGUUCAGGGGGCUCCGGUCCAGUCCCGGUUCCUAUGAACCUGUUCGCUACCUGGGAGAUAGACCGCUCUUCCCCAAGCUGUGUUCCGAGGUUAUGUAGCCUGACUCUGAAAAAGCUGAUCGUGCUCAAAGAACUGGACAAAGAACUCAACUCUGUUGUGAUUGCUGUGAAAAUUCAGGGCUCAAAACGGAUCCUAAGAUCAAAUGAAUAUCUCCUUCCACCCAGUGGGCUGAUGGAGACAGAUCUGGAGCUUACAUUCUCUUUGCAGUAUCCACAUUUCCUCAAGAGAGAUGCAAACAGGCUCCAGAUAAUGUUGCAGCGGAGGAAGAGAUAUAAAAACCGCACUAUUCUGGGCUACAAGACGCUGGCUGUGGGAGUAAUCAACAUGGCUGAGGUAAUGCAGCACCCUACAGACGGAGGUCAGAUUCUGGGUCUCCACAGCAAUGUGAAGGAUGCCCCUGUCCGAGUUGCUGAGAUCAGCGUGUACUCUCUCUCCAGCCAGCCAAUUGACCACGAGUACGGCAGCGUGCCAGCCGGGCCAAAAACAAAAGCGGCAGAUCGAUCACCUGAUAACUACUCCGAGGAAGAAGACGACAGCUUUUCUUCUGAACAGGAGGCCAGUGAUGAUGCUGUGCACGGCCAGGAUCUGUAUUAUGAAGACGAUGAAGUCAGAAAACCUAAGAAGUCCCGGAGGAAAAUGAUCAGAACGACGUCUAUGACCCGGCAGCCGAAUUUCAAGCAGAAGUUUGUAGCCCUACUGAAGAGGUUCAAAGUUACAGAUGAGGUUCUGGAUUCUGACCCGGUGGACCAGACCCAGGAGGUGGAGGAGGAUCUGGAUCUGCUUUAUGACAGUCUGGAGAUCUACAACCCCAGCGACAGCGGGCCUGAAAUGGAGGACAACGAGAGCGUCCUCAGCACGCCGAAGCCUAAACUCAAGCCAUUCUUUGAGGGAAUGUCGCACUCCAGCUCACAGACAGAGAUUGGGAGCCUGCACAGCCAGAAGAGCCAGAACAGAGAGCAUGCCAGUCCUGUGAGUGUGGCACUCAGGGCUGCUGAAUUCCUUGAAAGUGAGAAGAGCAAACCUGCCCCCUCCAGGUAUCCGGAAGAGGUUAUUGUGGAAUCCACGGCAGGGGAGGCUGAGGAGGAAGAUUUAGGCACUGGGGAUGCCAGCACCUGGGACAUCAGCACAGAUAAACCGACGACUUCUGUCGGGAAGCUCAGUAAAACAGAGUCCCAGAACCUUGCGUCCCCCAGCAAAGUCGAAAUUAAGCAGCACAGACGUCCCCGAAGCACUUCGAUGAAAGAUCGUCAGAACUCAAAAGCACAGAUUGACCGAACAAACAGCAUAGACAGCGAGAGUUCACCAGAUUCCAGGCUCAACACACAGGUCCCUCGAAAAUCAGUGUAUGACCAGCUGAACCAAAUCCUGAUCUCUGACGAGCAGCUGCCGGAGAGCAUCAUCCUGAUCAAUACCACAGACUGGCAAGGCCAGUAUCUGUCUGAGAUUCUACAUGAGCAAAAUCAGCCGAUUGUUUCCACGUGUUCUGCGGUGGACGUUCAGGCAGCGUUUAACACUAUUGUUACCAGGAUCCAGAGAUUCUGUAACUGCAAUUCCCAGAUGCCUCCUACAAUAAAAGUGGCUGUGGCUGGAGAUCAGAGUUAUCUGAGCACCAUCCUGAGGUUUUUUGUGGAACAGCUGGCAAACAAGACUCCCGACUGGCUCAACUACAUCCGAUUCCUUGUCAUCCCUGUUGGCUCCCAUCCACUAGCCAAGUACUUGGCAUCAUUUGAUAGCAAAUUCAACAACAUCUUUAUGGAUACAGCAUGGAGGGAGAUCUUCAGCAAAACAGAGCCACCAACCUCAGAUAACAUCGACAUUGCAGGUCGUGUUAGCCAGUACGUAGUGGGUGCCAACGUUUCUCAUCAUUUCCCCAUUUCGGAGGCCAUGCUCACCUAUAAACAGAAGAGGAAAAGAAGUUUGUAUUUUGAUUUUUAUAUCAGCCCUGAUGAAGAUUCCUGUCAGAAAUUCAUCCCUUUUAUUGGGGUGGUAAAGGUGGGGAUUGUGGAACAGAAUCUCUCUGCCUCAGUGGAUUCUGAUGAUGCCACAGUGUGCAGUGUUAAUCUGCUGACAUCACCUCCGGCCUCUGCAGGCAGCACACAUGGGAAAGAGAUGACCUGCACCCCACCCCCGUCCCCGUCUGUCUCCAGCGGACUGUCCGGAGCUGGCUCUCCGGGUUUAGGAGGAGAGGUGAUGGGACUGCAGGUGGACUACUGGACCUUGCAAGGGCCGGAGAAGAAGAAGGACGGGGAGAAGCGGGACGUGGGCAUGAAAAAUACUCUGAAGAGCAACUUCCGUUCCCUCCAGGUCAGCCGGAUCCCCAACAGCGGGGAGCUCACAGCCCCCGCCACCAUGUCCAUGACCGUGGUCACCAAGGAGAAGAACAAAAAGGUAAUAUUCCUCAGUAAGAAGCCCAAGGAGAAGGAGCUUGACUCAAAAAGUCAGGUGAUUGAUGGGAUCAGCAGGUUAAUCUGUACUGCCAAACACCAACACACCAUGCUUAAAGUCUCCAUCGACGGUGUGGAAUGGAACGAUGUCAAGUUUUUCCAGCUGGCUGCUCAGUGGCCUACUCACGUGAAGCACUUCCCUGUGGGAAUAUUGGGUUACACCAAACCAAUGUAGAGUGAGCUGCAGCUGAACUUUUAAAAGAGAAAGAAAGGGGGGCAAGACAAACAACAACACUAAUGUAGAGUUUUCCUGUGGAAAUUAUAAACCUCAAAAGUUGUCCUUCAUUUAUUUUUAUUUUUAUUUUGUUUUAAUACAAGGAAGGAACUCCUUUUUUUUUGUUUGUUUGUUUUGGAAAUGCUGCCACUCCGAAAAACAUGAAAGAAAGAAAAAAGAAAACAAUGAUUGUUUUUAAACAUGGCAGCUUUGUUUGCACUUUAUUUAUUAUUAUUUGUAUAAUUUUUUUGAAAACUAACAUGGAUUUUUGUUACGACAGCAGCGGAGCAAUGGAAGACAGGUUGUGUGUGUGUGUGGGGGGGGCUUUACUGUGGUGAAUAUACAGAAGAUUGCUGCUGUGACACUAGCUAGGGAUUCGUUCAUCUGUUAGAAAUGCUUUUUUGACUUACUGCCAUUUUUAAUAUAAGAAUGUUAGCAAAUGCCUUUUUUAUUUUAAAGCACACUGUGGAUUUGAAGCAAAAAAUAAAUAAUAAUAAUAAUAAUAAUAAUAAUAAUAAUAAUAAUAAUAAUAAUAAUAAUAAUAAUACAAAAAAAAAACAGAUGCAGAGACUUUGAGUAGGACAUGUAGAAAAAAAGGUGAGUGCUGGCAUUCAGAACCUGACUACAGAAGCGUGGCAUCAACAUGUGAUAAAAGACUCUGGGAACCUCAAGAAGGAAUGAAGUGGCGUGAGCACUGCAGGUCCAGAUGACCUGGCCAGGCCUCUCCUUUUGCUUGCAGCUCAACACCAAAUUGAAGUACAUAGCUGUUCGCUGUUUAAUUCCUACAAACUCUGAACUUCUAUUAUGAUUGUUUAUUAUUUAUAAUUGAGUCUCUGGAGCACUAUUACUGUUUUAACAAAGUGUCUUGGUCAGAGCUUGAUUCAUACUACAGCAACCAGUGGUGGUUUCAAAAGGAAAUCACUGAAAAGCAAGAAUCUUUUCCCUUCUGUUUUUAAUUUUCUUGGAACAGCAUUAGGAAUCUAAAUCUGUUUAAGCUGUAGGUUAUUCUUUGACUUUGACCUAACUGAAAACAGCUGUUCAGUUCUAGUACAUUUUCACUUUUUCCCCUCUUUUUCAUUUCAUCAAAAGUUGGAAUUAAUCAUUUUUUUAAUGUGUGUUUUUUUUGUUGUAUUUCCCCAUAAUGUCAUUCCAUUAACACUAGUAUUUGGAACACAAAUAGCACAGUCUCUUAACUAUGACUUCCGACUACAGCGUUAUAAAGGAGGAGCACUGUAUUUAUAUUUUUGGUAAGUAUACUUUUCUGUGUGCACACUUCACACUUAAUAAUAACAAAAAUGGGAAUAAUAAUAAUAAUAAUACUGAAUUCUGUAUUUUUAAAGGGGGAAAGGGGGGGCUGUAAUUUGACAGGUUCUGUAGGUCUUCAUCAGCAGCUUUGUACGCACUAUACCACAUAUUUUAGAAAUAUAAUCUAAUUCAUGCCUUUAGCUACUGCUUGGGGCCAUACAUUUAUAUGUAUUCGUCUAUCCCAUGUCGUAUGUUUAGCAUUGAUAGACGCUGGAUUGAGAAGUGACACGACCUACAGCUGUAAUAUUUUGCAUUAACACUGGUAUUGCUACAGGGGCUUCUGGAGCACACGGUCAAGUUUUCAAGCAGUGUUUACUACGAUCCGCAAUGAUCAAGAUCGGUUAAGUAAGAAAAACAGCUGACGUGCAGCUCCUUGUUUACGCAUUGCUUAUCUGCUGGAUUGUUAGUUGAUGCGUGAACCAGGUGUGCAUGUCCAAUGAGCACAAAAUGUUUUGAACACUCCAUGCAGACCUGAGUAAUGAGCAGCCUAAGAAAUGGGCUCAACAAGCUUUAAUAUCCUUGUUCAUGGAUGGAAAACUAAGUAACUAAUGGAUGCCCUUAAUGAAAUAAGCAAGCUCUGACUGGGCACAGUGUGCAUGCAGUAACAGCUUGCCCCAUGCAUGGGCUUUAAGAGUUUGUUGCUUAUUGCCCCUUCAUUUCUGAUGCCUGUGGAGGAGGUAGAAAAUGAAUAGAGGUCUGGAGAGUUUGCUGAAAAUCUACUUUAUUUUCUUAAUUUUAGAAAUCAGUUUUCAGUCUAUAAGGCAUAUGUGAUGGUUUUGUGUGGCAUUCCUGAUUAAAUCUGUAGGUGUAACCUUCAUGGCAGGUGGGCAUGGUUUACAGUAGUCUUGGGGUAUUAUAUUCAUAUUUCAAUGAUUCUGAUUCAUACUUGCAAAUGGAUUAAAGCUUUUUGGCUCCUGUCAGUCAUAGGAGAUUGACGGAAGGGAGUUCUAUCAGUUUUCACUUUGAAAUUGAUUCUGUAUCUUGGAUUCAGCUGUGAAAACAGAUUGUUUUGAAGAUGUAAAAACUACUGACAUUUUCACUGAUUGUAAAAGAAUAUAAUAAUUCUUCUAAAGACCUCUCGUUCAGUACCUCUCCUCUUCAGGCACAGAGUAAGUGGGUCGGACUGUGAUCACGAUCUGAUGGCUUUUAAAAAAAAAAAAUUAUUUUAAUAAUAAUAAACUGUGAGACUGGGGUUUAUUACGGAAAUCACUGUGGCUAUUUCAAACAGCGAGUGCAGUAUCCCAUUUUCAAGUCUAAAUAAUCUGGGGUCUCCUUUUGGACCCUCUUAAGUCUUAAAAUUGUUUGAAAGUUUUUCUGUUGUAGUAGGCAGAUGGCUUUUCGUUUUUCAAGUUGAGUUCAUAUGCCAGGAUUGACAUCGGUGGCCUUUUUAGAGUUUGUUUUCCAGAGGAAUGCAGUAUGCAUUGGGCUUUGUUGAGGGUGGAUUCAACCCCAUUGUUUAAGACACCCUGGCCUGAAUAAAAUCAAAUAGUUACGGCAGCACCAUCAUUUCGAUAUAAUCCAAGAUUUAUAUUAAAUUAUUAAGCAACUGGCACACGUUUGUAAUACUAGGAUGUAUGUUUUUAUUGCUCAGCAGCUUUUUAAUUACAGUGGGCUAUUUCAUGGGUCCCAUUUAGGGCCCCAGAGGGGAUAUUGCUGGUGCAUUCUUGGUACAAUACAAUACAAUACAAUACAAUACAAAUGUGUUUUUAUAUAGCGUCCUUCAUGCCAUGGCAGCCCAGAGCGCUGUACAAAGUAAAAAACAAAACAAAAUAGCUCUCCUAAAGUGCUUUUGAAAACUGCUCUGGUGAAUUAUAUCAAUGUGUGACUUUCAGCUUUUUAAACUAGUGGGUUUAUAUAGACUGCACUCUGCAAAGAGGAGAUCAAUUCAAACCCCCCCCCCCCCCCCCCAUUUUUUUUGCUUUCUGUUUUGUUUUUUUUACAUAUUUACCUUUUAAAGUUUGUGUAACUUUUGAAUUGAUGAUGUAGCUUUUUUAUUUUUGCUAUUCAGAUGCGUGAUUGUGGAUUGUUGUUGUUUUUAAAUAUUUUUAGGAGAAUCAUUCUGGGUCGAUUUUAAAAAAAGAAACGGCAUGGCACAGUGGUUCGAGAUACUGGUUACACCCCAGAACUGGGAUCGGCCGCUUGUUCACACCAUGGUCUCAACUGUUUAAUCAAAUCCAGCCAGGUCCAAUAGAACCAAGCCCAUGCCUGCCCCAGAAAGUCUGAAUCAGAUUUGUCAUGGUGUUGCCUGGACUGUUGGUAGUGACAUUGUUACUCAUGUGAGCCUCAUAUUAUUGAACCAGUAAAAAUCUAAAUGGCAUUUUUUAAACAAGCAUAACACUACACCGUCUGCAAUUCCAAAGUCUGUUUGCUUCUACUACUUGUUUGCAGGUAACUUGUCAUUUUUACAUUAUCCGAUUUUCUAGUAAUCAAAAGUUAACCAUUUCUCUCUACCACUAAACUAUCUUAAAUGAAGUAUUUGCUAUAGAAAUGCUGUGUUAUUUUUUCAAAACAUGAUAUGGAAGCUUUUCAUUUGUCAUGUCAUAAAUGUAUUGUAAUAAACUGUUUCAUCUUUAUAAUAGAAUGGUUAAUACCUUCAAUAACAUUUUAUAAAUGCAUAUUAAGCUUUAAGAUGACGAUUCUGUUCAUAAUUAAAGUUACAGUAACACAAAAAAA